CUCUGUGGUCGCUGGAACCACGCCCCUUUCCUCCCAGGGCGGGGCCCGGAGCUCUGCGGACUCUACCCGGGGAGGACACCGGGCUUUCUCGGUUGUCUUGUUGCUCACAUCCCAGGUCAUGGCGGUCCCGGGACCCACGGCCCGAGCUAGUGCCAGGCCCAGAUUAGAUCUGCAACUUGUCCAGAAGUUCAUAAGGAUACAGAAGGUUUUCUUUCCUUCUUGGUCAUCACAGAAUGUCUUAAUGUUCAUGACACUCUUGUGUGUGGCCCUCCUGGAGCAACUGGUGAUCUACCAAGUUGGCUUGAUCCCCAGUCAGUAUUAUGGUGUCUUGGGAAACAAAGACCUGGAUGGAUUUAAGGCACUGACCUUCCUGGCCGUGGCACUCAUUGUUCUCAACUCCACCCUGAAGAGUUUUGACCAGUUCACCUGCAACCUGCUGUAUGUGAGCUGGAGGAAAGACCUCACAGAGCACCUGCACCAGCUCUACUUCCGGGCCCGCGUGUACUACACCCUCAACGUGCUGCGGGACGACAUCGAUAAUCCGGACCAGCGGAUCAGCCAGGACGUGGAGCGGUUCUGCCGGCAGCUCAGCAGCGUGACCAGCAAGCUCAUCAUCUCCCCCUUCACUCUCGCCUACUAUACCUACCAGUGCUUCCAAAGCACAGGCUGGCUUGGGCCUGUGAGCAUCUUUGGAUAUUUCAUCCUGGGUACCAUGGUGAACAAAACUUUGAUGGGGCCCAUCGUGACGAAGCUGGUGCAGCAGGAGAAGCUGGAGGGGGAUUUUAGGUUCAAGCAUAUGCAGAUUCGAGUGAACGCUGAGCCUGCAGCUUUCUACAGAGCUGGGCUCGUAGAGCACAUGAGGACGGACCGCAGGCUGCAGAGACUCCUUCAGACCCAGAGAGAGCUGAUGUCCAGGGAGCUCUGGCUCUACAUUGGCAUCAACACCUUUGACUACCUGGGCAGCAUUCUGAGUUACGUCGUCAUCGCCAUCCCCAUUUUCAGGGGGGUCUACGGAGACUUGAGCCCCACAGAGCUCAGCACCCUGGUCAGCAAGAAUGCCUUUGUGUGCAUCUACCUCAUCAGCUGCUUCACCCAGCUCAUUGACCUGUCCACCACGCUCUCGGAUGUCGCCGGUUACACGCACAGGAUUGGAGAGCUUCAGGAGGCCCUGCUGGACAUGUCCCGAAAAUCACACGACUGUGAGACCCUAGGCGAGAGCGAGUGGGAUUUGGACAAGGCCCCAGGGUGGCCGACAACAGAGCCAUCAGACACUGCUUUUCUGCUUGAUCGGGUCUCCAUCUUGGCCCCUUCCUCCGACAAGCCCCUGAUCAAGGACUUGAGCCUGAAGAUCUGUGAGGGGCAGAGUCUGCUCAUUACGGGCAACACAGGCACUGGCAAGACCUCCCUGCUGCGGGUGCUGGGAGGCCUGUGGGAGAGCAUGAAAGGCUCAGUGCAGAUGCUGGCUGAUUUUGGGCCCCACGGGGUGCUGUUCCUGCCUCAGAAGCCGUUCUUCACUGAUGGGACACUUCGGGAGCAGGUGAUAUAUCCCCUGAAGGAGAUCUACCCUGACUCAGAGAGACACCCAUGGAGGAGGGAAGCAGGUUCUGCCGAUGAUGAGAGGAUCGUGAGGUUCUUGGAGUUGGCAGGCCUGUCCAGCUUGGUGGCAAGAACAGGAGGUCUGGACCAGCAGGUGGAUUGGAACUGGUAUGAUGUCCUGUCCCCAGGGGAGAUGCAAAGACUGUCCUUCGCCCGCCUCUUCUACCUGCAGCCUAAGUAUGCAGUGCUUGAUGAAGCCACCAGUGCCCUGACAGAGGAAGCGGAGAGUGAGCUCUACCGAAUUGGCCAGCAACUGGGGAUGACAUUUAUCAGCGUGGGACAUCGGCCCAGCCUUGAGAAGUUUCACUCCUGGGUUCUGAGACUCCAUGGAGGAGGAAGCUGGGAACUGACUAGAAUCAAAAUGGGAUGAAGCCAAGCAGGUUCAUCGGAGCAGAGGGGCUCUGGGGCCUGCAGUGCCCACAGACAAGGAAGCCUGAUGAGCCAGGAAGGAGCCACAGGUUCACCUCAGGUCCUACAUAGGACAUCCUAGCACCCCUGGGCCCUGCCCAUGGGUGGCCCAUUGGGGAACACUGAGGUCCCCCCAGCGCUGCUCCCACGAGUUCUUUUUUAAUUUUUUUUUUUUUUUCGGAGCUGGGGACCGAAUCCAGGGCCUUGCGCUUCCUAGGCAAGCGCUCUACCACUGAGCUAAAUCCCCAACCCCCUGCUCCCACGAGUUCUUACAGAUUACUUCAGAUGAUGUUUGCUGCCGAAAAACUGAAUGAACUGUAAGACAUGAAGUCUGUUCACCUCAAGAAAGCUGGUUACAUUUCACAGUGAUAGACUUUUUAAAAAAACUUUAAUUAACCAUUUACAUUUUAUAAAGUUUUUUAAAAAAAGAAUAAAUAUUAAAAAUAUA